UGGGAACCCUGCAGAAGCGGAGCCAGAACUUCCACUAGUGAUGGGUUGGCUGUGAUACUGUGAACAUGUCCGUAGUGUCUGGCAUUUCUGGAGUCUUUGCAGGAGCCACAAGAAAUGCUAGAAACGGGGGCAUACUGCAUAUUUCUAGAAAUGGUGUAGUAAUGCUGAGACAGUCAUGGAAGAGAGGAGGCAUCCACCGUGAAUUAGCUUCUGCAUAUUCUGUGGUGCCUGGAGGUGGAUGGGUAACACAAGGGCCAGGUCAGCAUCAGGUGCAAUGUCAGGUGUUACCUUCAACACUUAUUUCACCUGCUUUGCGAGUGUCGUACACAACUGUGUAUGUACCUGGUAUCCGUUCUUUUCAUGCCUCCACAAUAUUUUGUGACAAGGAAUCUUUGAAGCCUUCAUCUCAAGUGGAAGUGACUGUGAAAGAUCUUAAAGAGAAAGCUAAGGCUGCAGGCUCACCCAUAGCUCAGGAGAAAAAGACUGACCUUGCUGAAAGAAAGUCCUUAGCUGUUCGAAUAAAAGAUGAAAUACUUCAUUAUUACCAUGGCUUUAGGUUACUUUUUAUCGACGUUAAAAUAUGCACCAAAUAUGUUUGGCGCAUUGUCAAUGGCGAAAGUCUUUCAAGGAGAGAACAUCGACAGUUGGUGCGAACGACGGCUGACCUGUUUCGUCUGUUGCCCUUCUCUGUUUUCAUCAUCGUACCCUUCAUGGAAUUUCUGCUUCCUGUCGCACUCAAGCUUUUUCCUGGUAUGCUUCCUUCCACCUUCGAAACAGCAAACGAAAAGGAGGCAAAGAUGAAGAAGAUGUUAAAAUCAAAAUUGGAGAUGGCAAAGUUCUUGCAGCAGACCUUAGACAACAUGGCUGUUCAAGCAAAGGGACACAGUUCUGAAAGUGCCAAAGAAUUUGUUCAGUUCUUUGAGAAGGUCCAGAAAACGGGUGAAGAAGUCAGUAAUGAGGAAAUAUUAAAGUUCAGCAAGCUAUUUGAGGAUGAAAUCACUUUGGAUUCUCUUUCAAGACCACAGUUAGUUGCUUUGUGUCAGUUACUGGAAAUGCAGCCAUUUGGUACAAACAACUUCUUGAGGUUCCAGCUACGUAUGAAGCUACGGACUUUAGCUGCAGACGAUAAGAUUAUUCAGGUUGAAGGCAUUGAUUCCAUGGCAGUUUGGGAGCUACAGCAGGCAUGUCGUGCACGAGGGAUGAGAGCAUAUGGUUUGUCCAAAGAACGUCUUCAGUCACAGCUCAAUCAGUGGCUAGAUUUGAGUUUGAAUGAAAAGGUUCCUCCAUCAUUGCUUCUCCUCUCCCGUACUCUCUACUUGCCAGAGAAUGUGAGGCCAUCUGAUACCCUUGCUGCUACCAUCUCAACUUUAUCAGAAGAGGUUGCCACAAGAACAAAGGCGGCUAUUGGGAAACGUGAAGGCAAGAUUGACAAUCUGACAAGACUGGAAAUCAUUAAAGCAGAAGAGCGGAAGAUUGCAGAAGACAAGAAAGAACUUGAACGCGUGCUUGAGGAUAAGAGGAAACAAGAGCAACUAGUUAAGAAAAAGGCAGAAGUAGAAUCUCUUCGUCAAGAAGAGGCAAUGCAAAAAGCCACUGAAGAAAUUCAGGCUGAUAUCAUUGGGUCUGGAGUAGACCUAUCCCAGGUGCCAACUCCUUCAGCCAAUAAGAUUCUCACUGAAGGUGUUCAGGUGACAAAGGCCACUGUAUCUGCAACAGGAGAAAUAAAGAAAAUUGACAAAGAAGAAUUGGUUGAUGAGGCACCUGUUGUAAAGGAUAAGGCUGAAGUUUUGUCUGAAGAGCUUCCAAAAAAGACUCAAGAAACAAUUGGUCUUAAAUCACCAACAGAGCUGACAAAAGAGGAUCUGAAGGAUGUUGAAGGAGCCUUGGAAACAUUAGGGGUUGAGAAAAAGAAGUUAAUGAUCGAGGAGAAUGAACUUUCUGAGCUUAAAACAGAAUUAGCAGAUUACAAAGAGGACAUUGAGGACUUUAAAGCAGCCUUGAUAGACGCUGGCAUAGACAAGAAAGAGUUGAGAGAGAGCAAGGCAGCAAAAAGGCUAUUCAUACGUGUAAACAAGAUGCUUAACCGUAUGGAACCCCUUCUGGAGGGACUUUCCAAGGAAAAGGCACACAGACAAAUGAUUGUGGAUGCUGGAAAAGCUAAAGCUCUAGAGAAAGCGGAAAUUGUCAGCCUAGAAGAACUUGCCAAGCAUAUGACAUAUAUCUGUCAUACUCCUGAUACUUCAAAAGUAGAGAUGAUUAGGGACGUACUAGUCAAAAUGGAUUUUGAUCACGAUGGAGGAGUUAAGGUAGAUCAUGUGUUGAAAGUUCUAGAGCUUAUGCUAGAUGAACACACUGGGGUACCUCCAAAACUUGUUGAAGACAUUAUUGAAAUGAUGGCAAAAGAGGAACAGUUGGAAACAGCCACUUUGAUUCAGCAUGCCUUGAAAAGAACAAUGGAGGAAAAUGUGAAGAUGAAAAGCCAAGAUCGUGAACCCAGUCAUGAGACUAUAACCACACCACCUCAACAGAUGUAUGAUAAAGUGAAGGAAUCACACGAAACAAAAAUAGAAUCCGAGCUGGCCAAUGCUACACGCGAACAACAUGAAGGAAUUGGCAUUGGUCCAGACACCAGCGAUACCGAGGACAAAAAGCAAGCAAAACGAAGUCAAUGACCCUUCGAUAAAAUGAAGUAAAAUUUAGGUUUACAAAUAAAACACUGAAAUGCAUUUUUACCCUGGCUGUUGUUCUCAUGGUAUAUUUUUUAUAGCUUCUAUGAACUAUGUUCAGUAUAUUUAUAUCUUUCUUUUGAAAAGUAAAUUUUAAUAGUACUUUCUUUGCAGUUCAACACAUAUUGUAGGGAAAUUCCCAUAAAGGUUUAAAAAUAACAAAAGGCAUUUCUGAGUUUUAACAGUAACCUGAUUUCCUCUCGUAGCAUUUUUAUUUUCGUACAAACUAGGUCAGUUAAUUAUAAGACACCUUAUUAUACCUACAGACACAGUGGCCAUACAUUUAUUUAUUUUUCUUUUCAAGAGGUCAUGGACCAUUCGUGCGGUUAGUAAACUUCUGCAAAAUUUCUAAAUCUUGUCUGUGUACUUUCACUACAAGCAUACAAGUUCAGUUUUUUUUUUUUUUUUUUUUUUUUUUUUGGGGGGGGGGUAAAUGGUUUUAUUGAUUUUCAUGCAAAUUGUCAUUACAGUUUGUAAAGUGUUAAUAUGCGUAUAUGUUAAGACUAAAUUCCAGUUAGGACAAGUACAGUAUGUAAAUUGUCAUGCUAUAGGUAUUAAGUGAUAUAUUGUUUGCAGUUGAACGAACAUAAUGCAAUAUGUACUUAAAAGAAUAAGACAAAGUUGUGUUGCACCACUUUAUGAAAUGGUAUUUUGGGUGAAAUUUUUAUGCUCUUGUAGAUUCAGCAUUUUCUAUGAAAUAUAAAUGUAAACAAGCAUGCCACUCAGGUUAAUUAAGUAGACAGAGUAGUUUGGCUUAAAAUAGUGGUGGAAAAAUUUAAGACAGAGUAGUUUGGCUUAAAAUAGUGAUGGAAAAAUUUAGUCCAUUAAACAUUUACCCAAACCAGUUCUCAUUCUAAACUCAAAGGGACUGUCCAAGCAUGAUAAAUAUUUAAAAACCUUUCAAGGAAAGUGCUUGAAGAAUGUAAUUAAAACUUUCUGCAUUUCAAAUUUGUAUGCUAGAAUUAUAUACUUAUGCUAUUAUUAUUCUAGGCACAGUCUAACCGCAUGGAUUGGAUCAUCCAAAUUUAUUAAUUAUGUUUUUGUAGGUAUACAUAGUUUUCUUGAUGACUAAUGGUUGUUAAAAUAGUUUUAACAUAAAUGUUAAGAUUGUUUUUGUAAUUUGGGUAUUGUUAGUCCUUUAGUCCUGCAAUAUCCAGGCUCUAGCUUCUAAUUCUUAGAAGUGUUUUGUAAUGGAGAAAAUAGCUAUAAAUAUUAAUUUUUCUCAUUCAGUCUGUGAUUAUUUCAGUAAUGUCCCAAGCAGGUUAAGCAGUACGAUUAAUCCAUAAAACUUUUCCACUGCAAGGCCUUUACAUGUAGGAUAAACUUACGUCGUGUUUGGCUGCAUAUAGGGAACAAGCUACUUGGGCUGUUACUGUAAUCACUUAUGGGUAGCAUUUCUCCUCUGCAUAUAUUUUUGAAUGUAAUAUUUGUACAGUAUAUAUAAAGUAAAAUUGUAUUUAUUAUACCAGCUGUAAAUGUGCUGUGAUAUUUACGAUGUAGAUUGUUAUCUUCUGUUAUUUUAAAUUUGAGUUUUACUACAGAUUAUAUAUAUUUAUCUACAUAUAUAUGUGUAUAUGUAAUGUGUACAGUAAAGUGUACCUAUAUAUAUAUAUAUCUAUAUACAUAUAUAUGAAUAUAAACAUAUAUUGUAUUACUAUGUACAGUGUUGUCAUCUUUCUACAAAUCUUUGAGCUUAAAAUUAACUUUUGAGAAAGAUUAGUAGGUUAAUUUUUUUUUUUUCGAGUAAAUAAAUUAUAAGGCAUCACUUUUUCACUAACGUAAAAUGUCAUAUUAACAUCUUAUGAAAACUUGAUCAAAUUACAUAGCUAACAGCAUACCAAUAGUACAUUACUUUUUUGUUGGGGAUUGAUACCAGAUACAAAAUUUGAAAUAUUGGUUAUCAAUCUUGGGCUCAAAUUUGAGGUUCCCUUGCCUCUCUUCAGUGUCUUUACCUAUUUCACCUUGUAAACAUUAGUAUCUAGACUUUGGUUUGAAUCUGCAAGUAUAAAAGUUUAUAAGUACAGUGAAAGGUCGAAGUAUGCAUACUAAACAAUAGUUACCCAUUAUUCAAAAUUUGCUGAAGUCUGUUACUGCUGUUUGUUACUGAAGAGAGAGUUGUAGGUCAAAAAUUACUGUUGCCUUUAUGUGCCACUAUAAUUUCUAAAGAUAAUUGCUCUUGCAAUUAAUCAUCCUUUUGGAAAGAAAAUUUAUCAAGACUAGAGCAUACAAAUAAUUAUACUAUAUUUGCACAUUAAAAAAAAGUUGAUCAUUUUUUUAUCCAAAUGUUUAAUGUUUUCAAAGGCCUUGAGUGUAAAUUGAUAAUAAAUUAUUCAUAUUUUGCUA